AAACGCAGUACUGAGUGUGGAUAUGUUGAAGAUGAGUAGAAACAUGUCAGGAUGGACUUUUUUUACGUUUUUUAUGCUAUUUGGGUGUGGAUUGGACUACGGUGAUAGUGCAAGAAUAUUGAGCAUAUUCCCAGCACCAUCGAUAAGCCAUCAAUCGGUAUUUCGGAAGCUGACUUUGGAAUUGAAUAAACGAGGUCAUGAACUCGUUGUGGUAACGACAGACCCGGUUAAAGACUCGACUCUGAAAAAUUACCGAGAAAUUGAUAUCAGCUUUCUCUACAAGCAGAAAAACAAUAUGGGUAGUAUUGUUGAUUUUAGAGGAAAAUUUGACUGGCUUACAAGGUUGUCGAUGCUUGAACCAUUGAUGACAUCGCAGGCUGCUCAGAUAUUCAGUUUUCCAGAGUUCAGGAAAUUAUAUGAACCAGGCAGUGGUGAAAAGUUUGAUUUGGUACUGAUUGAGAUAUUCUUUUCACCUGCUUUCAUGGCCUUAGCCGAACGUUUCAAGGCUCCGUUAAUUGGUAUCGCAAGUGCGAAUCUGCAGUUAGGUGUGCAAUACGGAAUAGGCGAGCCCAUAUUACCGUCUCACCCAUCGGUUUGGGAAAUGAACGUGAAGGGGGAUAAUUCAUGGAUACCAUGGCAGCGGUUGGAAAACUUCAUUCAAAGCUGGAGGGUGAUUCAUUAUUACAGGACUGUCGUUUUACCGAAACACAAAGAACUUGCUGAAAAGUUUCUCGGCAUUGAGAUUCAAGAUCUCCACGAAAUGGAGAAGAACAUAAGUUUGAUUUUCGUUAAUCAACAGAAGCCGAUUUCUUUCGUCAGGCCAAGUGUUCCAAAGGUCAUUGAAAUCGGCGGCUUUCACAUGUCCGAUAAAAGCAAGCCUUUGCCUAAGGAUCUUCAGAAAACUUUAGACGAAGCUACUCAGGGUUUCGUUUACAUGAGUCUCGGAUCGAACAUCAAGAGCAAUACGUUGUCGAAGAACGUACGAGACGCUUUUAUAACCGCGUUUUCAAAGCUUCCUUACAAGGUGAUAUGGAAGUUUGAGGACGACCAGCUCGAAGGCAAACCGGACAACGUGAUUAUCCUCAAGUGGGCGCCACAACAGGCAAUUCUGGCUCAUCCCAACAUCAAGCUCUUCAUCUACCAAGGCGGACUCCAGAGUACGGAAGAAGCCGUAUCGCACGGCGUGCCUCUGGUCGGGUUUCCGGUAAUGGGGGACCAAGAUGUGAACGUGAAUAAAAUGGUGUCUCUUGGCGUAGCCAAGAAGCUGGAAAUCAAAACUAUCACCUCGGAUGAUCUACUGGAUGCGAUAAAUACCGUUACUCGUGAUGCGAGCUACAGAGAGAAGAUGAUGAAUUUGCGAUCGCUGCUUAAGGACAAGCCGCAAGAUUCGCUUAAAAAUGCGAUUUGGUGGACAGAACAUGUGAUACGACACAGAGGUGCUCCACACCUACAUUCGACUACCGCAGAGGAGCCGUGGUACCAACGUCAGGAUAUGGACAUAAUUGCGUUUCUUUCUGCUGCGUUUAUUUUCACUUUGAUCCUGACUAAUCUUAUCUUAUACAAAUGCGCAGUUUACGGUAUUAGAGCGUUUGGUUUUCGUUCGGUAGAUAAAACGAAGAAACGAAAUUAAAGUUUUCUCACCUCA